CCUGCCUCGUCCCCCCGCCCCGUCCCUGCAGGGUCUUGCUCCGAGCGUUUUCCAGAGCCAGCCCCUCGCCCCAGCAGCACUCGAGGCCUGGCCUGAUGGCCAUGUGUUUGCAGGGCCUGUUGUUCUCCACUGCUGAAUGCCUGAAGAACCCCAUCGACCUCGUGCGGCUCUGGCUGCACGAAGCGGAGCGGGUGUACGGCGACAAGCUCAUCGACGAGAAGGACCAGGAGAGCUUCGGAAGGGUCCUCGUGGCCACCUGCAAGAAGCACUUUGAUGAGCUCGGCGAGACCCUGCUGUUCACCAAGCCCAACAUCUACUGCCACUUCGCCCACGGCAUCGGGGAGCCCAAGUACCUGCCUGUGUCGGGCUGGCCGUCCCUGAACAAGCUGCUGGCAGAGGCCCUGGACACCUACAAUGAGGUCAACGCGGUGAUGAACCUGGUGCUGUUCGAGGACGCCGUGUCGCACAUCUGCCGGAUCAGCCGGAUCCUGGAGGCACCGCGGGGCAACGCGCUGCUGGUGGGGGUGGGAGGCAGCGGGAAGCAGAGCCUGUCGCGCCUCGCGGCCUACAUCAGCGGCCUGGACGUCUUCCAGAUCACGCUGAAGAAGGGCUACGGGAUCCCGGACCUCAAGCUGGACCUGGCCUCGCAGUACAUCAAGGCGGCCGUGAAGAACACGCCCACCGUCUUCCUCAUGACGGACUCGCAGGUGGCGGAGGAGCCGUUCCUGGUCCUGAUCAACGACUUCCUGGCGUCGGGCGAGGUGCCGGGGCUCUUCCAGGACGACGAGGUGGAGAACAUCCUCAGCUCCAUGCGGCCGCAGGUGAAGUUCCUGGGGCUGCUGGACACGCGGGAGAACUGCUGGAAGUUCUUCAUCGACAAAGUCAGGCGGCAGCUGAAGAUCAUCCUGUGCUUCUCACCUGUGGGGUCAACUCUGCGGGUACGCGCGAGGAAGUUCCCUGCCGUGGUCAACUGCACGGCCAUUGACUGGUUCCACGAGUGGCCGGAGGAUGCACUGGUGUCCGUCAGCGGCCGGUUCCUGGAGGAGACGGAGGGGAUUGAGCCAGACGUCAAGGUCUCCAUCAGCCAGUUCAUGUCCUUCGUGCAUGAGAGCGUGAACGAGAUGUCCAAGGUGUACCUGGCCACGGAGCGACGCUACAAUUACACCACGCCCAAAACCUUCCUGGAGCAGAUCAAGCUCUACCAGAACCUGCUUGCCAAGAAGCGGAGGGAGCUCAUUGCCAAGAUCGAAAGGCUGGAGAACGGCCUGAUGAAGCUGCAGAGCACGGCCUCGCAGGUUGAUGACCUCAAGGCCAAGCUGGCGGUGCAGGAGCUGGAGCUGAAGCACAAGAACGAGGACGCCGACAAGCUGAUCCAGGUGGUGGGCGUCGAGACGGACAAGGUGAGCCGGGAGAAGAUGAUCGCCGACGAGGAGGAGCUGAAGGUCCAGGUCAUCAACACGGUACGUGCUUGCCAGGCCCCUCUCACGCCACGUGCCUCCUGCCAGUGGCAGCAGCAAGGUGGGAGGCCAGCCAGGGCAGCCAGCCCGGGUCGGGGUGAAAGAGAGCCUGGGCAGCCAUCUCCAGCCCCCCCGUCCCAAGCCAGCUCCUGGAGGGGCAGAGGAGCAGGGCCUGGGGCUGUGGCUGAGCCCCGUGCACAGCAAGCUGCCUGUGUGCUCGGGGACAGGGCGUCUGCGGGGCCUGCUGCCCGCACCGUACGUAUGCCCUGGGGCACCCAUGGGCCCUCCCGAGGACAGCGAGCACCAGGCAGGUGCCUAGUAGGAGGCAGGUCCUGCGCCGGAGGGCAUGCGUUGUGGUGCAGUGGGAGGCAGGGUGAGGGGAGGCACGAGCCGGGCUGCAGGCACGUGCUUUACCUCGGCCAGAACGUGGCAGAGAAGCAGAGAGCCUGCGAGACCGACCUGGCGAAGGCAGAGCCUGCUCUGAUCGCGGCGCAAGAAGCCCUCGACACACUGAACAAGAACAACCUGACGGAGCUGAAGUCCUUCGGGUCACCCCCCGAGGCCGUGGUGAACGUGACGGCCGCCGUGAUGAUCCUGACUGCACCGGGGGGCCGCAUCCCCAAGGACAAGAGCUGGAAGGCGGCGAAGAUCAUGAUGGGGAAAGUCGACUCCUUCAUCGACACCUUGAAGAAGUUCGACAAGGAGCACAUCCCGGAGCCCUGCCUCAAAGCCUUCAGGCCCUACCAGUCGGAUCCCACCUUCGACCCCGAGUUCAUCAUGUCCAAGUCGACGGCGGCCGCGGGGCUGUGCUCCUGGUGCCUUAACAUCGUGCGCUUCUACGAGGUGUACUGCGACGUGGCGCCCAAGCGGCAGGCUCUGGAGGAGGCGAAUGCGGAGCUGGCCGAGGCACAGGAGAAGCUGAGCCGCAUUAAAAACAAAAUCGCGGACCUAAACGCCAACCUGGCAACCCUGACGGCCGAAUUUGAAAAGGCGACAGCCGAAAAAAUCAAGUGCCAGCAGGAGGCCGACACCACGAACAGAGUCAUCAUGUUAGCAAACAGGCUGGUCCGGGGCCUGGCCUCCGAGAACGUGCGCUGGGCUGAAUCGGUGCAGACCUUCCAGGAGCAGGGCAAGACGCUGUGCGGGGACGUGCUGCUCAUCUCCGCCUUCGUGUCCUACGUGGGCUACUUCACCAAGAAGUACCGGGCCGAACUGGUCGACCGGCACUGGGUCCCCUACUUGAACAAGCUCAAGGUGCCCAUCCCCGUCACGCCGGAGCUGGAUCCCCUGAGCCUCCUGACGGACGACGCGGACGUGGCGACGUGGAACAACCAGGGGCUGCCCAGCGACCGCAUGUCCACGGAGAAUGCCACCAUCCUGUGCAGCACCGAGCGCUGGCCCCUCAUCGUGGACGCCCAGCUGCAGGGGAUCAAGUGGAUUAAGAACAAGUACGGGCAGGACCUGAAGGCGAUCCGGCUGGGCCAGCGAAGCUACCUGGACAUUAUCGAGCAGGCGGUCUCCGAGGGCCACACGCUGCUCAUCGAGAACAUCGGCGAGACGGUGGAGCCCGUGCUGGACCCGCUGCUGGGCAGGAACACCAUCAAGAAGGGGAAGUACAUCAAGAUCGGCGACAAGGAGGUGGAGUAUCACCCGCACUUCCGCCUCAUCCUGCACACCAAGUACUUCAACCCCCACUACAAGCCCGAGAUGCAGGCGCAGUGCACGCUCAUCAACUUCCUGGUGACGCGGGACGGGCUGGAGGACCAGCUGCUGGCUGCCGUGGUGGCCAAGGAGCGCCCAGACCUGGAGGAGCUGAAGGCUAAUCUCACCAAGAGCCAGAACGAGUUCAAGAUCUUCCUGAAAGAGCUGGAGGACUCCCUGCUGGCCCGGCUCUCCGCCGCCUCGGGGAACUUCCUGGGGGACACGGCGCUGGUGGAGAACCUCGAGACCACCAAGCGCACGGCCAUGGAAAUCGAGGAGAAGGUGAGGGAAGCCAAGGUGACGGAAGUCCGAAUUAACGAAGCAAGAGAGAGCUACCGGCCGGCUGCGGAGCGGGCGUCUCUGCUCUACUUCAUCCUCAACGACCUCAACAAGAUCAACCCCAUCUACCAGUUCUCGCUGAAGGCGUUCAACGUGGUGUUUGAGAAAGCCAUCCAGCGCACGACGCCCGCCGAGGAGGUGAAGCAGCGGGUGGCCAACCUGACGGACGAGAUCACCUACUCGGUCUUCAUGUACACGGCGCGCGGGCUCUUCGAGAGGGACAAGCUCAUCUUCCUGGCACAAGUGGCAUUUCAGGUCUUGCUGAUGAAGAAAGAAGUGAACCCGGUUGAACUGGACUUCCUCUUGCGCUUCCCCUUCAAAGCCAGCGUGGCCUCCCCCGUGGAUUUCUUACAGUCUCAAGGCUGGGGAGGAAUUAAGGUCCUCUCCGACAUGGAUGCGUUCAAGAACUUGGACAGUGACAUCGAGGGCUCGGCCAAGCGCUGGAAGAAGUUUGUGGAGUCGGAGGCCCCGGAGAAGGAGGUCUUCCCCAAGGAGUGGAAGAACAAGACGGCCCUGCAGAAGCUGUGCAUGAUGAGGUGCAUGCGGCCCGACAGGAUGACCUACGCUGUCAGGAACUUUGUGGAGGAGAAGAUGGGGAGCAAGUUUGUGGAAGGCCGGAGCGUGGAGUUCUCCAAGUCCUACGAGGAGAGCAGCCCGUCCACCGCCAUCUUCUUCAUCCUCUCCCCCGGCGUUGACCCCCUGAAAGAUGUGGAGGCCCUGGGCAAGAAGCUGGGCUUCACCAUCGACAACGAGAAGCUGCACAACGUGUCGCUGGGGCAGGGCCAGGAGGUCGUGGCCGAAAACGCGCUGGACGUGGCGGCCGUGCAGGGCCACUGGGUCAUUCUGCAGAACAUCCACCUGGUGGCCAAGUGGCUGGGCACGCUGGACAAGAAGGUGGAGCGGUACAGCCAGGGCAGCCACGCCGACUACCGCGUGUUCAUGAGCGCCGAGCCGGCCCCCAGCCCCGACGCGCACAUCAUCCCGCAGGGGCUCCUGGAGAACGCCAUCAAGAUCACCAACGAGCCACCCACGGGCAUGUACGCCAACCUGCACAAGGCGCUGGACCUCUUCACGCAGGACACGUUGGAGAUGUGCAGCCGGGAGAUCGAGUUCAAGUGCAUCCUGUUUGCCCUCUGUUACUUCCACGCGGUGGUAGCAGAAAGGCGUAAAUUCGGCGCUCAGGGCUGGAAUCGGUCUUACCCCUUCAACAAUGGAGACCUGACCAUAUCCAUCAACGUGCUCUACAACUACCUGGAGGCCAACGCCAAGGUGCCCUGGGACGACCUGCGCUACCUCUUUGGGGAGAUCAUGUACGGGGGGCACAUCACGGACGACUGGGACCGGCGGCUGUGCCGCACCUACCUGCAGGAGUACGUCCGCGUGGAGAUGCUGGAGGGAGACAUGCUCUUGGCGCCCAGCUUCUUCAUCCCUCCCAACCUGGACUACAAGGGCUACCACGAGUACGUGGACGAGAGCCUGCCGCCCGAGAGCCCCUACCUGUACGGCCUGCACCCCAACGCCGAGAUCGGCUUCCUCACCGUCACCUCGGAGAAGCUCUUCCGCACCGUGCUGGAGAUGCAGCCCAAGGAGUCAGAGGCGGGGGCUGGCACUGGCGUGUCUCGCGAAGAGAAGGUCAAGGCCGGGCUGGAUGAGAUCCUGGAGCGGCUCCCCGAGCCCUUCAACAUGGUGGAGGUGAUGGCGAAGGCAGCGGAGAAAACGCCCUACGUGGUGGUGGCCUUCCAGGAGUGCGAGAGGAUGAACAUCCUGACCACGGAGCUGCGGCGCUCGCUGAAGGAGCUGAACUUGGGGCUGAAGGGGGAGCUGACGAUUACGACAGACAUGGAGGAGCUGUCUACCGCCCUCUUCUACGACAACGUGCCCGAGUCCUGGACAAACCGGGCCUACCCCUCCUUGCUGGGCUUGGGAGCCUGGUACGCAGACCUGCUACUUCGGAUCCGGGAGCUAGAAGCCUGGACCACCGACUUCGCGCUGCCCGCGACAGUGUGGCUGGCAGGCUUCUUCAACCCCCAGUCAUUCCUCACGGCCAUCAUGCAGUCCAUGGCCAGGAAGAACGAGUGGCCGCUGGACAAGAUGUGCCUCUCCAUGGAGGUGACCAAGAAGAACCGCGAGGACAUGACAGCUCCGCCCCGGGAAGGCUCUUACAUACACGGCCUGUUCAUGGAAGGCGCUCGCUGGGACAUCCCUAGUGGCGUCAUCGCAGACGCGCGGCUGAAGGAGCUGACGCCCUCGAUGCCAGUCAUCUUCAUCAGAGCCAUCCCCGUGGACCGCAUGGACACCAAGAACGUCUAUGAGUGCCCCGUCUACAAGACGCGGAUACGCGGCCCCACUUACGUCUGGACCUUCAACCUGAAGACAAAAGAGAAACCGGCUAAGUGGAUUCUUGCUGCUGUCGCUUUGCUCUUGCAGGUUUGAUCGUCUACUGAACCACCACUCGGCACAGGCUGCAGAGCCCGUGGCCACUCGCUGAACGCGCAGCCCAACCCCUCGUCUGUCCCAGAGGUAUUUUAGCCGUGUGACAAUAAAAGAAACAUCAAGUUCCUAGCACGGCAGCUCAGUAGUAACUGGCCUGUUUGGGCGGCUGUCACGAUACGUGGCCGCCUGAUGCCCCCGUGAGAACACCAAGUCAGGCUGUGAGAAAGCCCUGCUGAGAGCAUAUGCUGAAGAGAAGUGGCAGCCACAAACACUGGCCCGUGGCCACCUUCACGUCUAGUCCCACACACCUGCCAGUCACUUAUUCCAUGGCAACAGCAGAGCACUCGCCUCCCACCCGGCCCCAGCAACCACCGCCCCUACCCCAGGGGAUCCCGGGCAGGGCAGAGGGGAGCACGGGCACCCCGUGCUGGGACCACCCACCUGGCCCCUGCUGCUAAGGCUCACGGCACCUCCCCGCUCUGCCUUGGUGCAGCGGGCUGCAAACACCUAAGUGCGGCACACUUGUCUCUGCCUCUGGGAUGCAGGGUCUGUCCAUCCCCUUGCUCCAUCACCCAGGCCCCGGCCUGCCCCCUUGAACAGCAAGUUCAACAGCCUGUGGGCA